CGAGCAGAUCCUGCGCUUCCUGGAGAUGCCCGGCAUUGGCAUAGGCCGCGAUGAUGAAAUUCCAGGAGAAUCGGUCCUUGGCGGUCGUGUCGGUGAAGAUCUGCCGAGCCAGGCGGAGAUUACCACACUGCGCGUGCAUCUGGACGAGGAGAUUGCGCAUGAGCGUGCUGGAUCCAUGGCGCGGAUCGGAGAGGACGGCAGCGUGCGCGAUCUUGGCGUCGGCGAGCGUCUUGGAAGACCUAAUAAUCUCGAUGGCGUCACUGGCGUUCUCUAGAACGCUUGCUCUAGGGCUCAUCCGGAAGAAAGCUCUCUACUACCCUAGAGCUAUGGCGCAUUCUUCUGCCGAGCGAUUUGUGUGCGAGAUCAUGUCCAAGAACGACGCGUCUCACGAUUCCUCGCACGUAAUCCGGGUGCGCAAUCUGGCGCUGGAGCUCGCGAAGGAGGAGGGAUUGACGAGCGAUUCUUCUUUGAGCGUUAUCGAAUUGGCGGCGCUUCUUCACGAUGUCGGUAAGAAAUACUUCCUCCUUUCAUCGGAUCGUUUCUCUUUGUUCUUCCAGACGAUCACAAGUAUGUCGAGAGGUACAGUAUCAUCUAUGCGAGAAUUCCAAAAUUCACCGCUGCUGGUCUCUAGCUCCGAGCAAAACCGUGCCAAGGAAUUCCUGGACGACGAAGGUAUUGACAACGAUACGAAGCACAGGGUCCUCUCGAUCAUAAAAUCCAUGGGUUUUAAGGAACAACUUGCAAAUGGAGCAGUGGAUCAAAGCCCGGAGCUUGCUGUCGUCCAAGACGCUGAUCGACUGGAUGCAAUUGGAGCAAUCGGAAUUGCUCGAUGCUUCACGUAUGGUGGCAGCAGGAAUCACAUACUUCACGAUGCAUCGAUCCUACCAGUUUUGGACGGGAUGACUAAGGAGGAGUAUACCAGGAAAGACCGCCGGCACACGAUGAUCAACCAUUUCUACGAGAAACUAUUGAAGCUCAAGGAUCUCAUGAAGACUGAGGCUGGUCGCAAGCGGGCAGAAAAGCGGCACGAGUUUAUGGAGGCAUACCUGGCCGAGUUUCUCCAGGAAUGGGAAGGCUUUGCGUAGUUUCGAAACGAUCUCCGCUAUCGGCCGGCGACCAUUGUUGUAGGUACGUGAAGCUCCUCGUGUGCCUGAGAUAAUGCGAGUCACAGUCACAAAAAUUUUGGAAAUGAGAAGACUAUGCAAACCUUCGACGACAA